AUGAACAACACCACUACCAGCACUCACUACCAUCGUCUCCUUUCCUUCUUUCAACCACCACCACCGCCACUGCCGCCGCCGUCCUCAGCCAUCAACACCGUCGUAUACCCGACUCCCAAUUGCAGCACCCAUCCUUUCAUGGCUGAACCAACACCGCCACCGCCCCCUCUUUCUCAACCAUCACCAUCGCCACCGCCGCCGUCUCCACUUCCAUCAACCGACGACCCAUCUUCUAAUUCCGAUCGCUCCCGAAUUCCCCAAACAAACCCUUCCAAAAUCCCUAUUCGUCCUCAGAAAAUCCGAAAACUUUCCUCAUUCGCAUCUGUUGAUUGUGCAACAACCCUCCCAGAAGAAAUUAAACGUCAAUCAACAAUCGCUGAAGCCGACGCAUCCAAAGCCAUCAUCCUUUCAACCACCACAACCACCGUCGUAACAAAAAACCGUCAUCUCAGCUCUCGAUUUCAAUCUCGAUCUAAAACACCUCAAGCUCCGGAUCUCGAUCUCUUCUUCUUCCUCUCGAUAUCUCAAGAAAGGCAUCUCGAUUUCACUCUCGGUCUUCUACCUCUCGAUCUCUCUGAGAACCCACGACAGGAAGCAUGA